AUGUCCGGCAAGCGGCUGAUUGAUGCCGCGCGACUUGCUGGAGUAGGUCUAAAUGUGGUCAAGAACCACUUCAAGAUCCGCCAGGAGCAAUGGCAGCUUUUGACGAAGACCUCGUCUGUUGCUAGAGCCGUGAAGAAUCAGACGGAUAGAGUGACUGUGACUGCGGCGGCUGCAGUUGAAUUAGCCAAGAGAGUCAAUGAGACUGGGCCGCAAUGGAGGGAGGAUGGAGCAGAAUAUAUGCGACGGCAAGGGAGAGCAGCUGCUAAAGAGGUGAACAACUUGAGGAACGAUGCGGCAACAAUGGCGAAAGAUGCAGAGCUCCAGCGUCAAGCAGAAGCACAAAUACCUGCUCAAGCAGCAGAUACACAGGUGGCAGGUAGCGGGCACGACACAUUCAACGAGCGUUCAGAACAUACAUCGCCUGAGCUGUCAUCAUUGCCGCGAACCAAAUUGCCAAAGCAUGCAGAGAAGGCGUCAGAUGCGGGCGAAAGCCUGCAAGAUAAGAAGUUGAACCAGGAUACAUAUCCUGUCCCCAGUGAAGGCGAUGAACAGCUGCCGGAAGGUGUCAAUAUAAACGCUUUCCACAGCCCGAGAGUGUCGAGAAUGGUGGGCGCCAAUGGGCCCCAAAUGCAAAACCCCUUCGCUGCGCGGAAGAAGCUACCACCGAAACCGCUAAAGGAAAUGGAGGAGGCUAGCAAGCGAUGGGAGGAAGAGAGGAGGGCAAAGGCGCAGCAGGACCUUGCAGCUGAGAUUGCGCAGGCCCAAAAUGCAGCUGUUGAAGAACAGCCUGCAAGCAAGCCAUACGAGAUGCACGAGUCGCGCGUACCUGCAACACGCUUUGGCCGAAUAUGGCAAUACGGCGGGCUCGCGACAAGCAUGGCCUUUGGAGCUGUGGGCGAAAGCUUUCGUCGCAUGACAGGAGGCACUGGUACAGGAAGCCUAAUGCUCAGCGAGGGCAACAUGAAUCGACUUGUAGCAAAGCUCAGCCGUAUGCGUGGCGCAGCUUUGAAGCUCGGCCAGAUGAUGUCCUUUCAAGACUCCAAAAUCCUGCCUCCGACCAUCAAUGCUGUGCUGCAAAGGGUACAGGAUAGCGCCGACUACAUGCCAUCGUCGCAGCGAGACAACGUCCUGAGCAGGAACCUUGGCUCAGAAUGGCGAGAACUGUUUUCUAAUUUUGAGGACAAGCCUUUCGCUGCCGCUUCUAUUGGUCAAGUUCACAAGGCCACGCUGAAGAGUAAUGGCAAAGAUGUGGCUGUCAAGGUGCAGUAUCCUGGUGUUCGGAACAGCAUCGAUUCUGAUCUGAAUAAUCUGUCCCUCCUCUUGACUGCAUCUCAGCUACUGCCAAAAGGUCUGUUCCUUGAUAAGACCAUCGCCAACGCUAGAACAGAGCUUGGCUGGGAAUGUGACUACGAGCGCGAAGCCGCAGCUUGUAAGAAGUUCAAAACGGAGCUCUUGUCCGAUGAACAAGAUAUCUUCGUCGUACCAGAGAUCUAUGAUGAAGCUUGUGGUGACGAUGUUCUCACAGCAGAGUUCAUGCACGGUACUGCAGUGACCAAGAUCCGUGAUCUCAGUCAGCCAGAGCGCGACUGGAUUGGGACGAACAUUCUUCGCCUCUGCUUACGAGAAUUAAUGGAGUUCAAGUACAUGCAGACCGACCCGAACUGGACCAACUUCCUCUACAACCGGAGAACAAUGAAGCUCGAACUUCUAGAUUUCGGUGCCUCGCGCGCCUUUCCCGACAAGUUCGUUGAGCCAUAUGUCGAGCUCCUCAUUGCCGCUUCAGGCAACGAUCGUGAGGCAUGCCGUGAUCUGUCAAUCCAGCUAGGCUACCUCACAGGACACGAAAGCCCUGGCAUGCUCAGAGCGCAUGUCGAUAGCAUCCUGACUCUAGCAGAGCCUUUCGUGGAAAGUGCUCCAGAAGUGUACGAUUUUGAAGGUCAAACUGUCACAGAUCGAGUACGGAAUAACAUCGGUCUGAUGUUACGAGAACGACUCGCGCCGCCUCCCGAAGAGACCUAUUCGCUGCAUCGCAAGCUUUCCGGGGCGUUUCUGCUUUGCGCGAGACUGAAGAGUAAAGUUCGUGCACGAGACAUGUUUGCUCAAGCGAGGGAUGUGUGGAGAGGUCGUGCGAAGAAUGUCAAGAUGGACUGA